GCAAGAGAAUUGGAGAGUGAGAGACACGGAGGUGUGCAGUAAACAGCUCAUUACCAGCGCAAUUUUCCUCUGUAAACAUCCCUCGGAGAUAAAUCGGCGAGCUCUUGUUUUUCGCUUUCAAGAAGUAUGAUAAUGUGAAACGUGAUGACGUGGAUGUAUUUUUGGCUUUUUGGGCGAGUUUCCCGUUUCGGCUAAAGACUCCUGGAAAAGUGGACGUUGCACGUUUGAAUUUGAUUUAAAUUAAAGGUUUAAACGAGGGCUCAGUUGUGGGAAGAGAGGGAGCUGAUUUGGCUAAAAAGUACUGAGCGCGGACAUUGAGCUCUCCAUACGGGAGUCAGUAUGCUAUCCGGAGGCGCAGCGGGCGGAGAGGAGCUCGGAACCGAUUCGUUAAAACAGUAUAUUACCGGAAUGGCGCUGGAUGUUUACGUCCUGUCCAUUCCACCGAGCGCAUGAAGAACAAGAAGAGAGGGCUAUUUGAAGUAUUGGCUUUAUCUCGGAUACAAUCAUGUUUCAUGAGGAUACUGGAGCCAAAUGUCAGAUCUUCCGGAAGCAACUUGGGCUGGGGCCCAUCAGCACUUGACAGCAGGCUGGGAGGUGGCCAGUGUGGCUCAGUGCUUCAGCAUACUCUCAGUCACACCCUGUUGGGGCCUGCACAGAGCGAGAGCAGUUCUGGUAUGAUCUGAUAUCUCAGCAUGGAUAGCUUAAGUGAGAGAACCCACACACUCUGAUGAGACCACCUCUCCAGAAACGGACUAGAAAUUAUCGAGGGAUUACUCCUCAAAUUCCUGGUUUAUCUGUGAACUGCACAUUUUGUCUUUUCUUGCCAUUUCCUCUUCCUCCUCUUUUUCAUUAUGGAGUUUCAAGCUGGAUUUUGGAAUAACGAUUGGACUUCAUUUCUUCGCUUUUGGUUGACAGUGUUGUUGAGCUUGCAUGUGCAGUUCAGCCCCGUCUCCUCCUGUCCAGAGGAGUGCCGCUGUGAUAAAACAUUUGUUUACUGUAAUGAGAGGAGCUUGACGUCUGUGCCUCUGGGGGUACAAGAGGGAUAUAAGACCCUCUUCCUCCACAACAACCAGAUCAACAAUGCCGGCUUUCCAGUGGAGCUACACAAUGUUGCCUCAGUAGAUACUGUUCACCUAUAUGGGAACCAGCUAGAUGAGUUUCCCCUCAACCUUCCCAGGAACGUUCGAGUGCUGCACCUCCAAGAAAACAACAUCCAGACUAUCUCCAGUGCUGCGCUAGCCCAGCUACCCAUGCUGGAGGAACUCCACCUGGAUGACAACUCCAUCUCUACUGUAGGAGUAGAGGAGGGGGCUUUCAGAGAGGCUGUCCGUCUCAAGCUUCUUUUCCUCACCAAAAACCACCUGAGCAGCAUUCCUAACGGAUUACCGGCUGAUCUCAAGGAGCUGCGAUUGGACGAGAAUCGCAUUGCAGACAUUGAUGAGGAUGCCUUCCAGAAUGUCACCACCCUGCAGCGACUGUUGCUGGAUGGGAACCUCCUAGAGGAUGAGGCCAUCGCUCCUGGGACCUUCCAGGAUCUGGUGAACCUCAAAGAGCUGUCCCUGGCACGCAACUCACUCACCACUCCUCCACCGUUGCUCCCUGGUGCAUCCCUGACCAAACUCAACCUGCAAGACAAUCAGAUCAAUAACAUUGAAGUGCAAGCCUUUUCUGGGCUCAGUGAACUGGAGAGAUUGGAUAUCUCCAGCAACCAGCUUCAAUUUCUUCCGCCGGGUGUCUUUGACGGCUUGAGAAACCUGAAGUCUCUAAAUGUGAGGAACAACCUCUGGCGAUGUGAUUGCAGCAUUAAGUGGGUCAUUGCAUGGCUCAGGUCUCUGCCGUCUGCGAUAAAUGUCCGCGGCUUCACAUGCCAUAGUCCAGAGCGGGUGCGUGGCAUGGUAAUUCGAGAACUUACCUUAGAUGCCAUUGACUGCCCUGUGGGCACAGUGUUGCAUCCCUGGCCAACCCAUUCAUAUCCAUCCACAUUACCACCUCGCAAAACCACCACCACCCCCAGAACCACCCGCUUCACCACCAUUUUAUCCACUGCUUUUUACCCCCCCACAGCCAACCCCACACCCCCAGUACCACAUUUCCCUCCCGGGCCCUUACCUCCCUAUGAAGACCCCUUGAAAAUCUCCUUUCAUGUUGUUAAUUCUACCUGCAUUGACGUGAGUUGGGAAUCUUACUUCACUGUGACAGCUUACAAAGUGACAUGGGUCAAGAUGGGUCAGAGCUUAAUGAGUGACAUCACUCGAGAAAGAACUGUUCCAGGAUACCAGCGAAGGCUCAGCCUGUUGAAUUUGGAGCCCAGGUCUCUCUAUCGCAUCUGUGUGUAUGUUCUGGAUACUCUUAACACUUACAGACCAGGGGAGGAUACUAUCUGUUCCGAGGCUAAGACCAAGUCCACAUCCACAUACUCUGAAUCGGAGCAGGCUGCCCAGCAAGACAACACAUCUACACUCCUAUUGGCUGGAGUGAUAGGUGGGGCAGUGUUGGUGGUCUUAGUGACACUUCUGAGUUUGUUUUGCUGGCACAUGCACAAGAAAAGCAGGUCAGCAUCGUCCAAAUGGAAAUAUAAUCGUGGCAGGAGAAAAGAUGACUACUGUGAGGCUGGCACCAAAAAGGAUAACUCCAUCCUAGAAAUGACUGAAACAAGCUUUCAGAUAGUGUCGCUUAACAACGAGCAGCUUUUAAAAGGAGACUUCAGAAUUCAGCCCAUCUACACACCUAAUGGAGGAAUUGGCCUCAGAGACUGUCACUUAAGUGACAAUAGCAUAAGUUACUGCAAGAGCAGUAAUGUUCCCAGUGUGGACUUCUGCCACACAUGAUGCUCUUCAAUGGAAUCUACAUUGAAGAAAUAUAUUUGUUUAGAAGAAAAAUGUAGUUCAAUAUACUGUACAA